ACUAGUACUUGCCUCACUUCUUCACUUCUUCACUCUUCUCAUUCCCAAUCCCUCUCCUUCUCUCUCUUUGCAUGGAGCUCUCACUCUCUCCUUCGUCUUCACUUCGAAUUCACUGCUUAAACACACAGUUUAAGACACCCUUUCCCUUUCAUCAUAAAAAGAUACCCACUAAGCCCACAAUUACUACCAAAUCUCACCACUCUCUCUUAAGAUUAAGAUUUCCUUCACUUUCCCUUUACACUCACACUACUUCCUCAAUCCCUGCUUCAACCACACUACACACAAGGCGCAAUUCCAUCCGGGCCUGCACUCAGGUAGGAGCAGCUGGAUCUGAGCCAGUACUGAAUAAAUUUUCGGAUUUUAAAGAUGCGUGCUGGAGAUUUCUUAGACCACAUACCAUUCGGGGAACAACUCUAGGGUCCAUUGCUUUGGUGGCAAGAGCGUUGGUUGAGAACUCGCAUUUGAUAAAGUGGACUCUACUAUUUAAGGCAUUCUCUGGUCUUUUUGCUUUACUAUGUGGGAAUGGCUAUAUAGUUGGAAUUAAUCAGAUCUACGAUGUUCAAAUCGACAAGGUAAACAAACCUUAUUUACCUAUAGCAGCAGGGGAUCUUUCAGUUCAAUCUGCUUGGUUUUUGGUGAUAUUUUUUGCAGUGACUGGCCUAUUGAUUGUUGGGUUGAACUUCGGCCCAUUCAUCUCCUCUCUUUACUGUCUUGGUCUUUUUCUUGGCACCAUCUAUUCAGUUCCUCCAUUUAGGAUGAAGAGAUUUCCAGUUGCAGCAUUUCUUAUAAUUGCCACGGUACGGGGUUUUCUUCUUAAUUUUGGUGUAUAUUAUGCCACUAGAGCAGCCCUUGGACUUACAUUUGAGUGGAGCUCACCUGUGGCUUUCAUCACUAGUUUUGUGACAAUGUUUGCCCUGGUCAUUGCCAUAACAAAAGAUCUUCCAGAUGUAGAGGGUGAUCGCAAGUAUCAGAUAUCAACCUUUGCAACGAAGCUUGGAGUCAGAAACAUUGCGUUCCUUGGUUCUGGGCUUUUGCUAUUAAAUUAUGUUGCUUCUGUAUUGGCAGCAAUUUACAUGCCUCAGGCUUUCAACCGUAGCUUAAUGAUUCCUGCUCAUGUAAUCUUGGCGUUGAUCUUAAUCUUCCAGGCAUGGGUAUUAGAACAAGCAAAUUACACUAAGGAAGCAAUUGCUGGGUUCUAUCGAUUUAUAUGGAAUCUCUUCUAUGCUGAGUACAUUAUAUUUCCUUUCAUCUAGCAAAUUAAUCUUUAUUUUUCCUGAUCUCUUAUUAGAAAGAGAGAGAGCUUUUGUAAAUAACAGAGAAUGCUUUCAGAUAUUGGUAUAUUGUUGUAUGCAUUAUAUGAUAAAAAUUUUCCUGCAUUAAAUUGUGUUGCUUGGCAAGCAAAAGUAACAUGUCGUACUUGACAUAAUGAUAUAAUAAUACUUCUACGCUGAGAAUAAUUGCUGGAUUAA